GUGCGCAAGCGCGCGCUUCCAGCCAAGCUCUCGCUCGGCUCUCCCUCCUCCCGCCUCCGCCCUCGCUACCCCGGGACUCCUCCGCCCCGGGCCCGCUACGACGCGCCGGACUCGGCGCUGCUCCGGCGUCGGCGGUUGCCAUGGCGACGGUUGCCAUGGCGCUCGGCGUGAGCCUGUUCGGCUGGGCCCUGCUGGGGGCGGGGGCCGCCCCCCAGCCCCCGAACAUCGUGUUACUUCUCAUGGACGACAUGGGCUGGGGUGACCUGGGCGUGUUUGGAGAGCCUUCUAGAGAGACCCCUCAUCUGGACCAAAUGGCUGCCGAAGGGAUGCUCUUCCCCAAUUUCUACACUGCCAACCCCCUGUGCUCUCCAUCAAGAGCAGCGCUGCUCACCGGCCGCCUUCCCAUCCGCAAUGGGUUCUACACGACCAAUGGGCACGCCCGCAAUGCUUACACACCUCAGGAAAUAGUCGGAGGAAUCCCAGAUUCGGAGUUCCUCCUUCCUGAGCUGCUGAAGAAAGCAGGCUAUGUCAAUAAGAUUGUUGGCAAGUGGCAUCUGGGUCACAGGCCCCAGUUUCACCCCUUGAAGCAUGGAUUUGAUGAGUGGUUUGGAUCCCCCAACUGUCAUUUUGGACCCUAUGACAACAAGGCCAAGCCUAACAUUCCUGUUUACAGGAAUUGGGAGAUGGUUGGCAGAUUCUAUGAAGAUUUCCCCAUUAAUCUCAAGACGGGAGAGGCUAAUCUAACUCAGAUCUACUUAAAGGAAGCAGUGGAUUUUAUUAAGAAGCAACAAGCCCAUCAACAGCCCUUUUUUCUCUAUUGGGCCAUUGAUGCCACCCACGCACCUGUUUAUGCUUCAGAAUCUUUCUUGGGUACCAGUCAGAGAGGGCGAUAUGGAGAUGCUGUUCGAGAAAUUGAUGAUAGCAUUGGGAAAAUACUGAAACUGCUUCAGGACCUGGGUAUUGAAGAGAACACAUUUGUGUUUUUCACAUCUGAUAAUGGAGCUGCUCUCAUUUCUGCUCCCAAUCAAGGUGGCAGUAACGGGCCCUUCCUAUGUGGGAAACAAACCACCUUUGAAGGUGGCAUGAGAGAACCUGCAAUUGCCUGGUGGCCUGGACAUAUACCAGCUGGACAAGUGAGUUACCAGCUGGGCAGCGUGAUGGAUCUCUUCACCACCAGCCUGUCCCUAGCGGGCCUGAAGCCUCCCAGCGACCGCGAGAUUGACGGCAUUGACCUUCUCCCAGCCAUUGUGCGGGGCGAGCUGAUUGACAGGCCCAUCUUCUAUUACCGCGGCAAUGAAAUGAUGGCAGUCAGAGUGGGGCAGUACAAGGCUCACUACUGGACUUGGAGCAACUCGUGGGAAGAGUUCACCCAGGGCAUUGAUUUCUGCCCUGGGCAGAAUGUCUCUGGAGUAACCACCCACAGCCAAGAGGAACAUACCAAGCUGCUGCUGCUUUUCCACCUGGGAAGAGACCCAGGGGAGAAAUUCCCAAUCCGGGUUUCCAGCCCCGAGUAUCAGGAUGCUCUCCUUAAAAUAGUCCCAGUGGUCGAAGAACACAAGAAGACCAUGAUACCAGCAGAACCUCAGCUCAACGUGUGCAACCCGGCCGUCAUGAACUGGGCCCCCCCUGGUUGUGAGAAGUUGGGGAGGUGCUUGACCCCGCCAGAGUCCAAACCAAAGAAGUGCUUUUGGCCCCACUAGCUGCCCUUCCUCCUCGUGGAUCCCAGAAGCCCACCCGGCAGAUGUGGGGAGCACAUCUGCCCGAUGGGGAUCAUCAUCAAGGCAAGAACAUUAAAUGCAGAAAGACAAGUUGUCACAUCCCUCGGUUCCAGCAGUGAUUUUCGUCAGCUCCCUGGUGAGAGACUGGAGCAUAUGCCUGUCUUUGCAAUCUGUUGCCCAGUGUUAAAUUCCUCCGUCACAUUUCUUCAGUGAGUGAAGGACAGUGGCCCAGAGGAAUGACCACCCAGGAGAGAGAAACGUGGAACUGCCUUCUCUCCCUCUGAAAAAUCAUGUUUCCCAAAGGCCGGCAUCUGAGCGCAGGGAAGGGCUUGAACUUGCAACUUGCCCCGAAACCUCCACCAAGGCACCACACCCAUAUCACCCCGUGUCCCUAACUGGCGAUAGAUAAGGAGGAAAUAACAAAUACCUUGUAUUUCUGUUCUCUUUUCCUCUGCAAACCUCCCAACGCUUUCUGACAUGUGAAUCUCAUUUAUCUUCACAUUGGUGCUGUGAAGGAACAGGUAUUAUUAUCCCCAGUGGUUCUAAUUACCUUCUUGACAAGCUUCCUCUAGGGCCUAGAACCCAAGUUGUGAGAGAGAGAGAGAGAGAGAGAGAGAGAGAGAGAGAGAGAGAGAGAGAGAGAGAGAGAGAGAGAGAGAGAGAGAGAGAGAGAACCAAGCUCUAUCUUCCUUCUCCCUUGUCUUUCAAUCCCAGCUCUAACUGUGCAGCUGCCAAACUUGAGAUUCGGUUACUAAAGAUAGCAGAUAGAGGAAGGAACCUGGGGCAUUGCAGAGAGAGGCAUACGUUUGCCAUCUAGCCCAGCACAUCCUGCCCCAAGGCUUCCUGGUUUCCUCUUGGGUGGGAGAUAGGCUUUCUGUCCUCAGAGGCAGGACCUCAAGGAUGGGAAGCAGGAGCCCGGGAUCUUUCCAUCUCCUCCUCCCAAAGACAUUGGUGGCACCAAAGGCAGUGCUUCCCAUCUUCAGAGCAGGCUUUCUCCUCCUCUCUCCUUGCUCUGGAGUAGCCCGUGGGGACUCACAAAGCUGGUCCUCAGUGCUUGCCAGACUUUAGGAGGGCCCCGAACCACGCCUUCCUCCCUCCCAUCCUUAGGUGUCCUUCACAGACCGGGAGCUGUUUGUUGGGUGCGUGUGUGUCUGGCUCCCUGACCUCACUAUCACCGAGGCAGGAGGAACCAUGUAGGAUAACACGACAGCACUGCCUCCUCUGGGGUCUCUUACUACCUCUAGGACACUCCCCCUUCAUUCUCCUUCACUGUCUCUUCAUAGCCAACAUGCCCCUCGACUGGUGUGGUCUCCCGAUGCCCCAUCUUGGUCCCUCUUUCUUCUCACUCUGUGCUCCCACAAUUUCUGGGUCUGAACUUCAGUCCCAACCUCUAUCUCCUGGGUUCAUUUCUACAUCUCCAGCUGCUUACGAGACAGCUCCAAUGGGAGGUCUCUGGGCAUCGCCUUUGCCCACAAACCAUUCUCCCCCUUGGCCAAGUUCCCUCCUUUUGUGUGGUCCUUGACCCCUCACUCUCGUCAACCCCACGUAGCCAGUCAGUCCCUUGCCAAAUCUGGUUGUUUCUGCCAUAUGUAACUCCUUCCCCAUUCUGCCAGAGUAACGCCCACUAUUUAUUUAUCCAUUAUGUUAUUCAGGACUACUGAUGCCCUGCCAGAGAUUUCAGCUAAUGAUUUUUAAACACCCAUAAUGCUUCUUUUAAGGGUGUAAAGUAAGUAUUGGAUUAAAAACAGUAUUUGGUGGUCAUAAGAAUAAUCAUUUUCUGUUCAGGAUGUAAAAUAAAUGAUUCCAAGUGUGAGAUUUAAAAUUGGAUACUAGAGCAUUAACCUCCCCUUUUAGCCUUUCCCUUGUUUAUCUCCCAGAUCAGUAAGUUAAAGAA